UGAACACAUCCAGCUCGACUAAUCUAACACACGGCUGCGUUUGAAAAACCGACGUAUCCCGGAUGAGUUUCACCGGCAUUAAGUCAUCCAAGAUGAGGCAUCUGAUCUCGGAUGAUUUAACCGACGUACGGAAAAUAUUGAGUCUAGAAAACAUGAUCAGCAAGUCUGUGAUAGGCUGCAAAACAAUGACGAAAGAACGGGCGCAUUUUUUCACACAAGCGGAGCAGGACCUUCUACUCGAAGGAUACGAAGAAUUUCACGAGUUAAUACGCACAAGGGGUAACACUGCAAAAGCAGCCCAAACCAGAAAAGUCGGCUGGCAAAAAGUGGCCAACAAGUUAAACGCUUCAAACGUGAACACAAGGAGAACAUGGGAACAGGUUAAAGUGAAGUACAAGAAUAUACUUCAAACUGCUAAUAAGAAGAAGGCAGACAAGCAAAAAACAGGUGGAGGUCCAGACCUAACCCCUGCAGAAGAGUUGGCUCUCCAGCAAAAUGCCCAUCGCCCUGUUUCUGAGGGCAUUUCAGGGGGAAGGUCCUCCUCACAACCAGUGGCAGGAUGCAGUGGUCACUUCAUUUCAGGUAAAGGAUGGUCACUGCCAAUAUUUGUCCUCAGUGUGUGCCAUAGGUAUGUUCCCUAUAGCCCUCUUUUUUUUGUUGGGUCAGUUGCAGGGAAUGCCCUAUCCCUAGAACCUGCAUCUGACCACCAAGAUACUGAUGAAGGUCAAAUAUUUGAUGAAGACACUGUGUCUGAUUAUUCAUCAGGAGGAGAGGAGCCUGUCGCCAGCACUCAUGACCCUUUUGGAACAAAGUCCACAUCAAAAAAAGGAGAUGGUGAGAAAAAUGUGAGGUCUCUAUACAAGAGAUAUCUUAAACAGAAAAUCACAUACAGAAAACUAAAAAUGAGAAAAAUACAGCAGGACAUGGAAUUUCAUGAACUGAGGACAACCAAAAUGAAGUUGCAGAUACAAAUACUAGAAAAACAAUUGGCGGAAGGUCCGUAA